CCACCCCAUCCACAUGCAACCCACUCCUCCCCACUUAGUGUACAUAACAAACGGGCUUAAUUGGCAAUUUAGUAACCAGUUAAAUGUGCGCGGCAGGCAGUCCCAUCGUCAGCGCGCUCCUCCGGCAGAAUGUGCUCCUGCGAGCUGGUGGUGUCCUCCGGAGCUGGGACUCCAUCUCCAGCCUGUCCGCCUCGCCGUGCAAACCGAACUAUAGAUCCGAGGCGCGCGCUUUCGCGUCGGACGGGGGAGCCUCCGCUCCAGCUGCGCCCGCUCAGAUCUCGCACCUAAAAACAGUGAGUGAUUUCCAAAAGCUUCACGAAGCCACCAAAAAGAAGUUCCAAUCCAAGAAGCUGCCCGCUGAUGUGCAUCCAGAUGCGGUGUUCGCCUGCAACGAGCUCGACCUCAGCGAGGUGAAGGUGUACGGAUUCGACUACGACUACACCCUGGCCUGCUAUAAGCCUAUCCUGGAGGACCUGCUGUACAAUUUAGCCCGCGAGAUGCUGGUGAAGAGGUUCCGCUACCCGGAGGACAUUCUCCAGCUGGAAUACGAGCCGAACUUUGCGGUGCGUGGCCUGCACUAUGACGUGGAGAAGGGGCUGCUGGUGAAACUGGACAGCUUCCUGCAGCUGCAAUUGGGCUCGGUUUACAGGGGACGAACUAAAGUGGAGGCGGAUGAGGUGCUGAAGCUCUACCACAACCGUCUGCUGCCCAUUGCCUACGUGGAGGGGCCCAACAAUAGCUACCGGCAUAACACCAACUCCAAAAUGGUUCAAUUGGCCGACCUUUUUUCUGUACCUGAAAUGUGCCUGCUGUGCAAUGUAAUCGAAUAUUUUGAACGCAAUCGCAUCGACUAUAAUCCGGAGAUUGUUUUCCAUGACACCAGGACCGCCAUGGGUUCCUGCCAUCCCAUAAUGCACGGCAAGGUUAUGCGGAACACCGAGAAGUACAUAGAACGAAACCCGAAACUGGUCAAGUAUUUCGAGAAGCUGCAGCAGGCGGGCAAGAAUCUCUUUCUAGUCACGAAUAGCCCGUACUCGUUUGUAAACUGUGGCAUGUCCUUUCUGGUGGGCUCCAACUGGCGUGAUUUCUUUGAUGUGGUCAUCGUGCAGGCUCGCAAACCAAAGUUCUUUACAGACGAAUCUCGACCUAUAAGGCUGUUCGACGAGCGAACUCAGUCGCACCUCUGGGAUCGGGUAUUCAAGCUGGAGAAGGGAAAAAUCUACUACGAGGGCUCGGUGAGACAGCUUCAAGAGCUUAAGGGCUGGCGUGGUCACUCUGUCCUCUAUUUCGGAGAUCAUCCGUACAGCGAUCUAGCAGAUGUUACUCUUAAGCACAGCUGGAGGACAGGAGCUAUCAUCAGUGAACUUGCUCACGAAAUUAAAACCCUCAAUCGUAAGGACUUUAAGAUGAGCGCCAACUGGCUGCAAAUGCUAACGCAGCUCAUCGAGGACACCCAGGACGAUGAUAGCGAGGCAGCUCAGAUUUGCCUGAAGGAGUGGAUGGAAGAGCGUGAUCAGUUGCGCAACAAAACAAAGAACGUGUUUAACGAACAGUUUGGCAGCGUUUUCCGCACCUACCAUAACCCUACGUACUUCUCAAGACGCCUCUUCCGCUUUGCCGACAUCUACACCAGCGACAUAACCAACCUGCUCAAGUUCUCCACCACCCACACCUUCUACCCACGACGGGGUGUAAUGCCCCACGAGUAUGCCUCCCACUUCAUCUAGAGAAAAAGUAAAUGAAUGCCCGUUGGGAAACUCAGAUUAGUUGUAGGUAAAAAAAGUGCCAGUGCAUACUGCUUGUAGCUCGAAACUAGUGAAUUUAAUGCGUGUAUGUAUAUCGUUAUUUACAUUGUUGCUCAAUAAAAUCGUUGUAAUAGUUCAAGAA